AGAUCGUAGGAGUCGUUCCCCGAUGUCAGGUGCUGGUGCCGGUGCAGGCUCGGGAGGUUCAGCUUACGGCGGUGCUCCCCACAGAUCCUUCGAGGAGCGCGCCGCAGCCAGACAACAGAUGAUGGAGAACCUUCGGGAGACUUCGCAACAGGAUCGCCGCGUCUACGUCGGCAACCUUUCUUACGAUGUUAAGUGGCAUCAUCUUAAGGACUUUAUGAGAUCUGCUGGAGAGGUCCUUUUUGCUGAUGUGCUAUUGCUUCCGAAUGGAAUGUCGAAGGGAUGCGGCAUUGUAGAAUAUGCCACGAGGGAGCAAGCUCAACAGGCAGUAAGCACCCUCAGCAACCAAAACCUCAUGGGAAGACUCGUCUAUGUUCGAGAGGAUCGUGAGGCCGAACCUCGAUUCACUGGUCCACCAGCUGGUCGCGGCGGAUACGAUGGUCCACCGGGACGCGGCGGAUUCGGCGGCGGAUUCGGUGGUAUGGCCGCUGGUGGUGGCGGUGGUCGUCAAAUUUACGUAUCCAACCUCCCCUAUACUGUAGGAUGGCAGGACCUCAAGGACUUGUUCCGUCAAGCUACUCGUAACGGUGCUGUUAUCCGUGCCGACGUUCACGUUGGACCUGAUGGUCGCCCCAAGGGCUCUGGAAUUGUCGCCUUCGAGUCUCCAGACGAUGCUCGCAACGCCAUCCAGCAAUUCAAUGGUUACGACUGGCAAGGUCGCCCACUUGAGGUCCGUGAAGAUCGCUUCGCCGGAGCUGGCCCGGGUUUCGGCCGUGGCGGAUUCGGCGGACGUGGUGGUUUUGGAGGUGGCUUCGGUGCUCGUGGAGGAUUUGGAGCUCGUGGCGGCUUCGGUGGAGGCUUCGGUCGUGGUGGUUUCGGCGGCGGAUAUGGAGGACCUCCCGGUGGUUUUGAUGCCGGAGCCCCCCCAGCUGCUCCCAACCCUUUCACAGACUAUGCUACUGCUGGAACGGAGAGGAGCGAAACCAUCUAUGUCCGCAACCUUCCAUGGUCUACCAGCAACGAGGAUCUCGUUGAACUCUUCACCACUAUUGGAAAAGUUGAGCAGGCCGAAAUUCAGUAUGAACCAAACGGCCGAUCUCGUGGUACCGGUGUCGUUCGGUUCGACACUGCUGAAAACGCCGACACUGCGAUCGAGAAGUUCUCAGGGUACCAAUACGGCGGUCGUCCCCUUGGCCUGAGCUUCGUCAAAUAUCAGACCCCCGGCGGUGGUGGUGGUGGUGAUGCCAUGGAGACGGAAGCGACGAGUUUGACACAGGACCAGAUUAUGUAGCGAACAUACUCGCUAUUGAUCGAUGCCCAACUCUCGGUGUUGAAGGCGGCAGAGCUGUAACCUUCUGUCCCUAGAUUC